UUGAUGUGAGAUUAUUUGAAUAUAGUGGAGUUAAAACUGUCAAAAGCAGUCUUGAACCUGCGAAGAGAUCACAUCUUAGCCCUCUUGAUCUCUUCUUCAUCUGAGUCACAGUCGUCUUCGCUAUCACUGUUUUCUUCUUCGCUUAAUUCAAGGGGUUUUCUGAAUAUUUGGCUCUCUUUAAAUACUCUGAAUGAUUUUUGAGGGAUCCCGCCUUUAGAACUCCUCUCACAAUUUGGGAGGGAUUCAUUGAGAGCUAGAGUCGACUGGUUUGACUUCAAAGUAAGAGUAGUAAACUCCAUACCUUUCUGGCCUACUUCAGUGUCUUCUGAGGUCUUCCGCCUUUUUAUGGACUUCACAACCUCUCUAGAGACGCUUUUCUUCCUCUUUAGUCCUUUCUGAGGCUGACUCUUCUGAGAAGCUGUUUCUACCUGAAUUUCCUUUGACAAGAUAAGUCUUCUUUGGGAUGUAAAAUCAGCAUUGGUGCAUUCAGAUGGGGCCUCUGUGUCUUUACUGGAAAGAGCAUAUUCGUAAAUAGUUCUGUUUUUACCAGACGGAAUCUUUCUGGAUAUUUUUGACUUUCUUUUGCCUGUUUUCUCUGUUUUCUUAAGAGCCUCUCGAGAUUUGCUCCUAGUGAUGAUAUUGCUAGCUUGAGGCUUGCAGACCACGCCCAGAUCUCUUGAUUUACUGGAAGCUCUGGAAGAUUUUCUCUUCUCGCAGCUUGAGAUAGAUCUGACAAGAGUCCUAGGUUCAGUGGUAAGCUUUUCAGUAACCUUCUUAGACAUUGGCUUAUGAAUAGUAUUCCUCUUCCUUGCUCUAAAGCAAGAAAAUAUAGAAAUCUGAGUGGUUUUCUUUGCCUUAGCCAUUUCUAAUUUGAUUAAAAUUUU